ACGUCACGUCUCAAGAUGGCCGCCACACCGGUCGGCCCCCCGCUCCCGUCACCCGUCUUCCAACCGGAUCCGUUUCGUGUCGCUCGCUCGGUAAUGCAUCUGGCAGGCUUAUGCGGUGUAAAUCAUAUCGUGGCGACCGUAAUAUGGAUAGAAUGUGUCUGUGGAUGGGUGCAGAGCGCGGACGAAGCGGCGCAGCCAGCAGCGUGGCGGCGGCGCACCCGCGCGUCGCGGCUAACGGCUCGCCGCGUCGUCGUGCGCGCGCUGACGUCACCGCUCGAUAAUGGCCGCCGCCGUCCGCCGCGACCCCCCGCCUGCGAGCCCGACAUUGCCGAGCUCAGUCUCUCGUCGAACCGCUACCAGAGCGAGUGCCUGACACGUCGAAGAUCACACGUAUCUCUGUCCACCAGUACUGUUGAAAUCGGAUGUGUAUCUACUUUGUGCUCUAGUGUAUACCAUGGUGAUAGUGUUCUAUUUCAAUAG